UUUUACAGCCUCGGAGCCUGCGUCAUUGUCACAUGGCUCAAUUGCUAGUAGAACAUCAAACUGAUGCCUUCUACUACCCAAGUGUUUCCAGACAACCGAAAACUAAUGCGUACUUUGCUUUAUUCUUACAGCGGCAAGGGGAGGGUCUGAGUAUAUUCAUACCAGCGAGCAAACUUCCACGGAAUGCACCUAGAUCGAACUCACUCAUAGCAUGAGGUAUGGAUGAGCACUCUUUCGCGCCACCACCUCCUGCUGGUCCACCACCACUAUUAUCAGAAGAGCAGCUUCUAUUUCUCGCCCGACAAGGCUGGCUAUGUGUCGACUUACCGGCCUCACUAACGCAAAGCAUCCAAGACGUAUUCCGCGAAUCACCCAGCUUCUUUGAAUUUCCCAGUCAGCAGAAAGCCGAAUUGUACCCCAGCAAACAAGGAACCGAGUUCGGUUACUAUCCCGUUGAGAACGAGAAAGAGUACAUCACGUUCCGAUGUCAUGUACACGGCGAUUGUGAAUCUGGGUCUGGAACCAAUACGGAUCCCACCUCGAAUUCGUUGCUUGCAGCAGCUAAAACGCUCGAAUCGAAGAUCGCGCAAGCCUGGCGCGAGGCCGGGCUAUUUCUAUUCAGAAUUCUAUGCGACAUCACACGGGCCAGCGAUCACGAUAUCUCAGCAUGGCACGACAUCCUCGACGGCACGCUUACAUUACCGGCAUCCGAAAACGAGGUGACGUACACACUCAUGCGGCUGUUCAAGUAUCUGCCCACGACGGGCUUCGCGGGCCAACAUACAGACCUCGGGCUCCUAACGCUAUGCGUCGGAGACGGCGAGGGCUUACAGGUCCUCGAUCGAUAUCAUUCAUCACGGGAGACUGGUCCCGUAUGGGUAAAUGCGCCUGUAGGCACCAGCAGAGGAUGUGUGUUGAUAGGCGAGACACUGAAGCUCCUCUCGUCUGGCACGGUGAAUACGGGUAUGCAUAGGGUUGUGGGCAAUCCUAAGGGACGGAACAGCGUGGUCUACGCCUUACGACAUUCGAAUAAACAUAAUAUCGAUUUCAGCCUGUUUGGGGCAGAGGGAUCGAUGACGCCAUUGGAGUUAUGGAAGACGGUGCAGUUUGGAAAGGUCAAUAUUAAUAGCGUCAAGGAGAAACGGGAGGAGAUGCGUGCUAGGUUCAGUGCUGAGAAAUUGAAGAAGGAAGGCAUGCAGAAUGGUGGUGUGCAGCAUGAAGCCGCGCAGAGUGAGAAUUUAGUGACGGGCCAGGGAUAGCAAUGCCAAUUAUGAUUAAGACUCGAUCC